CUGUAAUUAGAAAUUUGUUUUGAGUAUCUAGUUGAAUUGAAAAAAUCUGCGACCUAUCUACUGCAUUUCACUUGAAAAUUUAAGAGCUUACAAUAAAUCCCCAACAGGUCAAUUAAUGAUAGUAAUUUCAAGAAUCAAAUGGUUUUCUUGAGUUGGACUAGGCCUUCUCUUCAGCAGCAGAAUGAUUGCUUAUCCAAGUCAACUGAUUUUAAUUAUAAAACUAAAUUCAAGGGAGCUACUGCUAAACCUGUAACUUCCCUUAAAGAAGAUGCUGAACUUACUAAAGAUGGGUUCUUUAUAAACCAUUCUCGUGUUUUACUCGGGUCUGGUGUUGAUUCUUUUGAUAAGGCCAAGUUUGGUCUUCAAAAUUGGAGGCAUUUUGGAUUGAAUUGGGCGUUUGUUGACUCUAAGACUCCGAUUCGAAGUGAGGUGAAGUUUUGUGUUUGUAAUAAGGAGAUUUUGCCAUGGGUUAUGAUGCCUCUUCAGAUGGUUUAUGUUGAAGACAGUGGAAAUGCUAAAAAGGGUGCGGCUUCGUUUCGUUUCGGUAGCGGUACUCUUCAGGGUCACUUGCUGGCUGGGGAAGAGCGUUUCUCAAUUGAAAUGGAUGAGAAAAAUCAAGUAUGGUAUGAGAUACUUUCCUUUUCAAAACCUGCCAACUUUCUGAGCUUUAUUGCGUACCCGUACGUGAAAUUCAGGCAGAAAGUUUUCGCCAAUCAGUCCGCCGAGGCAGUUCUAAAACAUAUGAAUGCUCCAUAAAUUCAUGUAACAUCAACUGUGAAGAUUAAUAAGAGCGAACCUUAAUGGGGCUCGAAAGGGAUACUUGUCGCUCUAAAGAUCGACACAGAUUGACAGGCACUUGUACUGAUUUUACUGUUGAUACGCCUUUGGAUUGUUGUUGGAAGCUAAUAACAGAUCCGCGUAGACUAGUAACCUGCAAGAAAUAUUAGCACCGGAUUUUUCUUUUGUUUAGUGUAGCACAAACACAAAUAUACCGAAAACAAUGUUGUUGCUAGGAUUAUUACUUUAAAAUAAAGUUUCAUCUCCGAAA